AUGCCUGCUAUUGGAAGAAGUGGUGGAUGUGUGGUGCUGUGGAGGAAUGAGGUUAACCUAAAAGUUUUAAGAGUUGAUAAAAAUGAUCUUCUAGUCAUAUAUGGUCCACCUCAGAGUCAUUUGAGAAAUAAGUUUCAGAAGGAUUUUUCAAAUUAUGCUGCUCAGUUGAAUAAUCCGUGGUGCUUAGUAGGUGACCUAAAUGUUGUAAAUUCUAUAAGUGAAAAGCAAGGAGGAAGACAGGGUAUGAGCAAUGUGAAUACUGAAUUUAGAAAUUUCAUUCAAGACAGAGCUUUGAUAGAUAUGGGUUACACAGGACCUGCUUUUACUUGGACAAAUGGUGUUACUAUGGAAAAGCCUAUCUUUGAGAAACUUGACAGAGCAGUGUGCAACAUUGAUUGGUUUUUAAUGUUUCUAGAUAAUAGGGUUUUUCACCUACCAAGAAUCAGCAGUGAUCAUGCGCAAAUUUUAGUAAAUACUCAUAAAACCAAUAAGAGGAGGAGAAAACAUGCAAAUAAGUUUGAGUAUUAUUGGACAGAACACCCAUGUUUUAAAGAUGUGGUUCACAAUACUUGGAUUGGAAGCCAACAAGACUCUGUGAACAAGAUUUUGGAUGUUGAGAAAAGCUAA